CUUAGUGUGGGCUGGAUGUAUUUGAUGUACCAGAAGAGGAAGUUGGAGAAGCAAAAGGACAAAUUCUUUCGACAAAAUGGGGGCGCUGUUUUGCAACAGAAGCUCUCUGUAAAAGAAGGCUCCUCCCUCACAGCCAAGAUCUUUACUGUUCAAGAAUUGAAAAGGGCCACCGACAACUUCCACGACAGCUUAGUUAUUGGCCGAGGCGGUUUUGGUACUGUUUACAAAGGAAUUCUCCCAGACAACACUAGUGUCGCAAUCAAGAAAUCAAAACUGGCGGAUCAAAGCCAAAUUGAACAAUUCAUUAAUGAGGUGAUUAUACUCUCCCAGAUAAAUCACAGGAAUGUGGUCAAACUCCUAGGUUGUUGUCUGGAAACAGAGGUUCCUUUAUUAGUUUAUGAGUUUGUCAAUAACGGUACCCUGUACGAAUCCAUACACAACAAAAGCAAAGCUUCUGUCUUUACUUGGGAAACCCGUUUGAGGAUAGCAACAGAAGUGGCAGGAGCACUGUCGUAUCUACACUCUGCUGCCUCCAUACCCAUCAUCCACAGAGACGUCAAGUCCUCUAACAUCCUUCUGGAUGACACUUGCACAGCCAAAGUCUCUGAUUUUGGAGCUUCCAGAUUAGUUCCACUUGAUCAAGUGGAGCUGGCCACAAUGGUACAAGGUACUUUCGGAUACUUGGACCCAGAAUACAUGCAAACGAACCAACUCACAGAAAAGAGCGAUGUGUACAGUUUUGGAGUUGUAAUUCUGGAACUCCUAACAGGAAGAAAGGCGCUGUUAUUUGAUGGGCCAGAAGAGGAGAGAAGCCUCGCAAUGCACUUCCUAUCAUACUUGAACGAGGGUCGCCUGUUGGGAGUGGUUGAAAGAGGGAUGGUGAAUGAUGGAAAUAAGCAGACGGUGAAGGAAGUGGCUGAGCUUGCAGCGAGGUGCUUGAGACUUAAAGGAGAGGAGAGACCAGGCAUGAAGGAAGUGGCUAUGGAGUUAGAAGGAAUAAGGAUGAUGGGGAAACAUCCAUGGAUCAACAACGACGAGGAAUCACGGUCAUUACUUCGCCAGACGUCCUGUUUUACUGAAUCUGUUGAUAGCAUGGUUUAUAAGGACACUGGGUGGGAUAGCAUUACCGAUCGUGUGCUGAUUAAUUUAGAUGAUGGAAGAUUAAAAGAGGGAGAUUCCAUAUCCAUUUGGCGUUGGCGUGCAACCUCGUACUGGUCGCAACUGCUUCUUCCAAGAAUCAUUCAAUCUCACCUGCAAUAUACCUCCACCUCCACAUUAUUCUACGGAGACCGCCCAGUUUCUAGCAUAUCUGUUCAAGGUGGUCAUCUUGACAUUUCCAUGUCUGUCUCCAAGAUUUGUUACAAUCAACCUGGCGGCGCUGGCUCUGACAGUCACUAUCUCGGAAACACUCCCUCUUUCGCCAUUUCCAGCACCCAAAACAAGUUCGUAAGCGUUGGUUGCGACACUUUGGGCAUAGUUCAGUUCGAAAACAAUCGUACUUAUUAUGGUGGCUGCGUGACGCUCUGUGACGCGCCUCCUCAACAAGAUUUGAAUGAUAAAACUUGUUCGGGGACUGGGUGUUGUCAGGUGGAUAUUCCUGUGGGGAUGAGGAAUAUUAGUGUUGUGGCAUCCGCCAUCUUCAACCACUCAAACGUGUUGGAUUUCAACAACUGCAGUUAUGCUUUUGUUGCCAGACAGGGGUGGUUUAAUUUCUCAGUUGAUUAUCUGCGAGACUUUCCCCUUGACACGGUCCCGCUUGUCCUAGAUUGGACUGUUUCGGAUGAUACUUGUCAAGCUGCUUCGGCCACGUCAGAUUAUGCCUGCACCUCUAACACUGAUUGUGUCCACUCCAAUGAUGGAUUUGGGUACAACUGCAAAUGCAAACCCGGUUUUGACGGAAACCCAUACCAUCCAGAUGGAUGCCACGAUGUAGACGAAUGCCAGGAAUCGACCAACAACUGCAUAAGUAAAGAAAAUUGCCGCAACACGAUCGGGUCUUUUGAGUGUUUUUGUCCACCUGGCUACACUGGCAACGGAACCACGGCCGGAGGAUGCCAGCCACCCCUGUCAAAAAAUCCCCUUACUAUGGUCUUCAUUGGUGUAAGUAUAGGCUUGGCAGCUCUCUUUAUGAGUUUGUCUUGGUUGUACUUGGUCUCCCAGAAGAGGAAGCUCAUCAAGCAAAAGGAGAAAUUUUUUCGUCAGAACGGCGGUUUCAUACUGCAACAACGACUCUCUGGUGGACAUGAUCCCUCCCUUGCGGUUAAAAUCUUUUCUGCUGAGGAAUUGAAAAGGGCCACCAACAACUAUCAUGACAACUUGAUCAUUGGCCGAGGAGGUUUUGGUACUGUUUAUAAAGGAUUUCUCCCAGGCAAGAAAAUCGUUGCAAUCAAGAAAUCCAAACUGAUGAACCAGAGCCAAGUUGAACAAUUCAUCAACGAGGUGACCGUACUCUCCCAAAUAAAUCACCGUAAUAUAGUCAAGCUCCUAGGUUGUUGUCUGGAAACAGAAGUUCCUUUAUUGGUCUACGAGUUUAUUAAUAACGGCACCCUCUUUGACUUAAUGCACGACAAAAGAAAAUCUUCUCCGGUCACUUGGGAAACCCGUUUGAGGAUAGCAUCAGAAGUAGCAGGGGCACUAUCUUAUCUACAUUCCGCUGCUUCCAUACCCAUAGUUCACAGAGACAUCAAGUCCGCUAACAUUCUUCUAGACGAGAGCUUGACUGCCAAGGUUUCUGAUUUUGGAGCUUCCAGAUUGGUUCCGCUUGAUCAAACAGGGUUAGCCACAAUGGUACAAGGUACUUUCGGAUAUCUGGAUCCGGAAUACAUGCAGACAAAUCAGCUGACAGAGAAAAGUGACGUGUAUAGUUUUGGGGUGGUGCUCGUAGAGCUGCUAACUGGGAAGAAAGCCGUUUCGUUUGAGAGGCCAGAAGAGGAAGUAAAUCUGGCAAUGCACUUCCUUACGUACUUGAAUCAGGGUCACUUAGAUGAAGUUGUUGAGAAAGGCGUGAUGAAUGAUGAAAAUAAGGAGAGGGUGAAAGAGGUGGCUAUGCUUGCAGCAGGGUGCGUGAGACUGAGAGGAGAGGAGAGACCCAGCAUGAAGGAAGUAGCAGGGGAGCUGGAGGGAAUAAAGAUGAUGGGGAAUCAGUUAGGGGUGAACAAAGAGCUGAAUCUGGAGGAAGCUCAAACUUUGCUGGGCGAGACGUCCAAUUUUACUGAAUACGGUGAUAGCAUGAUUCAUGGAAACAGAGUUUGGGAUAGCAUUAAGGAUCAUGUUCUAAUUAACUUGGACAGCGGUAGAUGAUAACUGGGAUCGGCUCCACCAAAGUUUUUGC